AGGCAGUGAAUCAGUUCCGACUCUUACGUCUGACUACCGGUGUUUGUCAUUGAGAGUGACCAUUAUCUGAAGCAAUAGCGGAAAUAGACAAUCUCUCUUCCAUCGCCAACUCACUAUAGUCACUGUACAAUUGUCAUAUACGGUGAGUUAAUACACAAGGAAAAUUCAAAAUAGACGGUAUUUGAAAAUUCUCAUUAUUUGUCAAACUUGUUUUGUGAUUCAGUUAGAUGGGUAUGCUCACUUGAAACUUAAUCAAGAGUAUCACAAUGACCUACUUUUCAAUGACACUGGUGUUGGUAUGCGGGAUUAUCGGGAUCGUAUCCGCCCUGGAGGGUGACAAUGUCUGUACACGUUCUGUCGCUCAGAAAGUUUCGUACAUAGAGACAAGAAGGGUAUCUAAACAAAGAUGCAGCACCCCUACAGAUUGUAAAACUGUCUAUUCACUGCAAAAAGUCAUCAAGUUCCGGAUUACGUACGCCAUACAGAGAUACUGCUGCCCGGGCUUUAUACAGGAAGGGAAUCGCUGUGUCCUAAUCAUUACAACAACACCGUCCACAACAUUAGCUCCAACUACAACACAAACGACAACCACGACAAACCCAGAUGACGUAGGUGAUCCUAUAGAGGGCGCUUUAGAGGAAGCUGACGGAAAUGGCGGCGCUCUGUCGGAGGGAGCAGUUGUUGGAGUAGUGUUAGCUGUUGUUUUUGUCAUGGCCGCUGCACUUGUCGGGCUCAUGUUCAAAAUCCGCAAAAAAAAGAAACAAGACAAGGAGGCAAUAAUCCAGUCCGAGAUGUACCGAGGGCAGUCCCUCCACGAGAACGGGAUAGACCCAGACCAGAUAUCAGGGGGAGCCUUUGAAAACGACCUCUAUAAUCUCAAUACAAACAAACCCCCUAGAGGAGUAACAUCAACACCCGAAAUGUACGAUCAACUUCAUUUGUACGGGAACGCCGCAGACGAGGCAAUCCACGAUUACGAACGCCCCGUCAGAUCCAAAACAGUCGGGGGCGGUGCGGGGGAUUAUUACAGCAAAGCAAUGAUACCUAACCCUAGUUUUAAGUCCGAGGGACAUCAGACAGUCAAGUAUCAAAAUAAAGGCGAUGUAUCAGGAAAAGUGAGAGUGUUCGAAAGGCUUGCGUCAAAUCAAUCAGAUGAUCAAACUUUUACCAACAAAAUGCUUUAUUCCGAUGUCAGAUACUGAAAUCAAAAAUAAU